AUGUCGGAAGGACCAGUGACACCCGAAUGGGAUAUCAACGACGCGGUAGUACCAAGGGUCACUAACUUUGAUUCCUUCGGUGAAUGGUGCGAUGGGCACGUACGACGCGUAUACCCUCCCGGCUGCGAAGAAGCACGAAGACAUGCCUCAGGAUGGGCAAUGAGAAAUACCAAUAAUCACAAUGUUCACAUAUUGAAGAAAAGUUGUUUGGGCGUGUUAGUUUGCUCCACUAGAUGUCGAUUGCCAGACGGUUCCAGAGUGCAUUUACGACCAGCGAUAUGUGAUAAAGCAAGAAAAAAACAGCAAGGUAAGCCAUGUCCAAACCGUCUCUGUAAUGGCGGUCGAUUGGAAGUACAGCCAUGUCGCGGUCAUUGCGGUUACCCCGUCACUCACUUCUGGCGUCACACUGAACACGCUAUCUUCUUUCAAGCAAAAGGAUCACACGAUCACCCUCGUCCUGAAGCUAAAGGAGCAAGUGAAGUACGAAGAUCACUCGGCGCAGGAAGAAGAGUUCGUGGUCUAGCAUUGCUACUUGCUAGGGAAGCUGCGAUCGCGGACAAAAUACUAACAGGGAAACCAGAUAAACAUAUGCACCAAAAAAUUAACGUCCACCCCCAGCCGCCACCGCUGAUUCCAGAUAACCAAAGAACACUCACAUGCACGUGUGGACCAUUUGAAUGCAAUUGCCGAUGGCGGUCCGAGACAGCAACAGAGCCAUACGCAGCCGCUGCCUGGACGCCUACAGAACACCAGCCCUACACAGCAUACAUCCCCCCCACACAGCCAGCACCCUCCAUACCGCAACAGACCUACGACCCUAACGCUAUUCCCGACGAUAUAUUCCACCCCGAAGAAAUCUUUCAGCUUGACCAACCAAUCCGACUAGACUUUCCUAUAGAAGAAAACACGAUAGAAUCUCCACCAACAUUUGCGGAUCUCAACAGCGAAAAUUCCAGGCCCGAAGACGCAUAUUGGUUAGAAUGGCAAAGACCCCAAGGUUCAGAAUCCAGCGACACACCUUCACCGGAACUAUUUAGCAAUGGAUACCAGCAGGAGUAUUGCGAUCAACAGACUUACGUACAAAAUUACUAUCCAGAAGAAGCCCAGUAUUACCCUAUGGAAAACGUUAGAGAUCAAUCACCGGUUAUGGAAAUGCAGGAUCAACGGUAUUACAACGCGCGAUACAACCAGGAUUGCGCCCAAAGCAGUUUAGAGAUGCAAGGUUGGAAUUAUUCCGACUGUGCUUUCAACACGCACGAGGUACCCGAAUGUAAGCAGUACUACGAUGUUCACCCAUCACAAACCGUCAAUUCCUUUAGUUCUCUAUUA